AUGAAACACAACGCAGGACAUUUUCUUAUGAAAUUGGUCUGCCUUUGUGUUUAUGUGUAUGCUAUUAACAAUUGUAAAUAUGAUGAAUGUAAUCAUUGCACAGCUGGCCUUUGUGACGGCUGUAAAGCUGGCAGCCACAAAGACAACGCCUUUUACUAUUGUUAUAAGUGUCGCAGAGAGUGUAAAUACUGUACAGCAGAAGAUGUGUGCACUGAGUGCGUUGAUGGGUACUUCUUGUUAGACGAUUCAUCGAACACAAAAACGUGUAGAAAGUGUCCUCAAAGUUGUACAACGUGUUUGUCAUCGUCUCAGUGUACAUCAUGUAAAGAUGGGUAUUAUCUUCAAGACGGGUAUUGUACCAAGUGUGUCCCAAAUUGUCAAAGUUGUUCAUCACUUGUGAAAUGUGAUGUGUGUGAGCGUGGGUACAAAAAUGCCGAUGGGCUUUGUGUGAGUUGUUCUGAUGUGUUGUGUACUUCUGCAUGUCAAGUAGGGACAUAUCUUUCACCAGAAGGCAAAUGUGAAAGAUGUGACAGUCGGUGUAUGUCAUGUUCAACAUAUUCCACUUGCACAUCAUGUUACUCUGGGACAUAUCUCACAACAUCUGGAACAUGUGUUUUCUGUAACUCCACAACUAUUGGAUGUACAUCUUGUGAUACGACUGGAAAGUGUUUAGAUUGUGAGAGGUAUUACAGGUUAUUAGGUGAUGCGUCUUGUUCUCUCUGUCCAAAGAAUUAUAUGACUGAAGGAGUUGAUACGUGCAGUAAUAUGGAUUACCCGAGAAAUUGCAUUUCAGGGUAUGUUGAUCCGUAUGGAUAUUGUGAAAAGUGUCCAGCUAAUUGUCAUCAAUGUAACACAAAUAACCACGCGUGUAAAAAUUGUAAAGUCGGCUUUUAUUUCUCUGAAGCAUCAUGUCUUUCUUGUCAACUUGGGUGUGACUACUGUAACAAUAAAAAUGUGUGUACAAAAUGCAGUGAGGGAUAUAUUAGAAAAGGCGGGUAUUGUUAUGCCCAAACGACAGUGGAUGGGUGUUCAUAUAGUGAAGAUGUGUGUCUUCAAUGUUCUGAUGGAUAUUAUCUCACACCCGAUCACACGUGUGUCAAGUGCAAUGACUGUGAAAGAUGUGACAACACUAAAUGUCACAAAUGUUUCAUUGAUAGUACACCAACUGUUGACAUUCGCAAUUGCGAGAAAUGUUCCACUGAAAUAUCGGGGUGUUCUAUUUGUUCACAAACAGAGAGAAUUUGCACAAAAUGUGCCACUGGAAAUGUCUUAGUCAAUUCAACAUAUUGCGGGGUUUGUUCUUUGACAAAGAGUCACUGUACAAUUUGUUCUCAAACCACCAACGAGUGUGUAAUUUGUGAUGAGGGGUAUACUGCUGUCAAAGGGGAGUGCAUCGACUUCUCCACUGCAGUUCCAAAUUGUUUAAUUGGGGAAAGAGGAGAGACAAAGUGUCUCAAGUGUUUUCCAACGUAUGUAUUAUCUCCAACUCGUGAGUCUUGUGACAAGUGUGAAACCAUAGAAAAUUGUCUUGAGUGUAAUCAAACAUCUUUUUCUUGUAAAAAGUGUCGGUACAUGUAUGGUGUUAACGACAGUGGCUUAUGUGAAUUAUGCACUUCAAAAAGUGUUUCAAAUCCCACUUGCACUGCAGUUGAAAAUGGAAAGUGUAUGUAUGGACUUUCUCCACUCGAUGGGUACUGUCACAAUUGUUCUGAGGAGAUCAAAGGAUGUGCCAAGUGUAACAACGAUAAUUGGUCGUGUGAAAUAUGUUCAUCUUUGUAUGUCAACAGAAAUGGUAAUUGCACUUUAUGUGAUAUUGAAAAAUGCUCCAAGUGUAAUAACAAAGAAGAUUUGUGCGAGAUAUGUGAUGAUGGAUAUUUCCUGUUCAAUGGAAAAUGCCAGCGGAUGUGUACAAAUGACCCAAGUGCAUUUCAUGUGGAAAUAAUUUGUGUACGCAUGUUCACUAGGUAUGGUCUUCUUUCUAUAUAUGUACCGAGUGCACAGCCGACAUAUGCAAAACGCGAAAUUCUGUCACAAACACUUGUGAUUCGGGUUAUUUCUAUAGAAGGGUGUUUAAUAGGAAACCGAGAGUCUGACACGUGCAUUCAAUGUAUAGAAGGGUAUGGUAAGAACAACUCCGAAUGUGUUAAAUGUUCAAUUGGGUGUCUUUCAUGUUUUGAUAACAGUGAAGUUUGUGAAUUGUGUGAAAAUAGUUAUGUGCUUCAAAAUAAGAAGUGUGUCAAAAGUGUAUCAGUGACUUGUGACACCACCAACCCUAUAAUUGGUUGUGAAAGUUGUUCUGAUAAUUUCAGAGCAAAUUAUGGUCUGUGUGAGAGUUGUCAAAUAACCAACUGUAUGCUGUGUGAUAAUGAAAAUUGCGUCUUUUGUGCUGAUGGAUACACUUGGAAUGAAUCUUCAACGAGGUGCCAACUCUAUCAAGACAUUCGUUGUUCAUUUUACACAAAAGGACAGUGCAUUUUGGCUUCUGAUGGAUAUUUUAUAUUCAGUAGUGAAUACUCCCCAGAAGUUACUCUUUCAAGUAUUUCUAAUUUCAAAAAUAGCGAUGGAAUAUCACUUAAAGGUGCUACAGAGUAUGCUUCUUAUUAUGGGGUAUGUCCUGAGAAUUGCACUACAUGUAUAUUUGAUUAUACAUACAAAAGAGCCGUCUGUCAAAGUUGUACACUUGGAAAGUACAUACUGAAAAAUGGUGUAUGUCUUCCCAAAGAUGCGUCUUGUGAUAUUUCAAAUCAAGACGGGUGCAUUGACUGUGGUGAAGGGUUUUACAUUCAAAAUUCAGAGUGUAAAAAGUGUGAAGAGAUCCACCCCAAUUGCACUUCAUGUAACCAAACUGAAUGUGAUAGAUGUGCAGAGGGAUACGUCCUUGAUAACUUUAAAUGCGUAGAAGUUUCGAAUUGUGUUGAAAUUAGUAACAGCAAGUGUAUACGAUGUGCCAGUGGAUUCUUUUUAAAUGGACUUGUUCCCAUUUGUGAGGCGUGUACUAUUAAUAAUUGUCAGCAGUGUUUAAACACCACAAUUUGUCUUCGAUGUGUUUCUCAGUACAUUUUAAGUUCAGGGAAAUGUUACUCGACACUUCUAACAAGUGCUUUAAACAAUGUUAUACCACAACAAGCAUUCAAGCGUUCAGUUAUUACCAAUUGCUUGGCUGAGUCUGAAAAUGGGUGUUUACGAUGUGCACAUCAUUACGUGUUAAAUAAAGAAACUGGACAGUGUGAGGCAUGUCCGGAAGAUUGUAUAAAGUGUUACAGUCCGACUGAAUGUUUCCGAUGUGCUCUUGGAUACUCCGUCUUACAAGGCAAUUGUACAAUACCACAGUUACUAGGAUGUUCCAUUAAUCGAAACGGCAAAUGUCUGGUGUGUGGUUCUGGCUUUAUAAUGACGACAUCGCAAGAAUGUGAAGCGUGUGGGAUUGGUUGUUCUUCAUGUGCGACGACCUCAUCAAAUUGUUUAAGUUGUUCAGAGAAUUAUUAUUUAAUCAACUCGACUUGUAUAUCCACUAGUUUACUACCAAAUUGCAUCACAAGUAGCAAAUUUGGGUGUGAAGUGUGUGAAAGUGGUUACUUCCUCUCAAUUGAACUUUUAUGUAAGAAGUGUGACAUUGGAUGUUCCUCUUGUACUUCAAUGAAUACAUGUGAGUCAUGUGCAGAUAAUUAUUUGUUGAAAAACGGUGUAUGUCUGAGUAUAGAACAGAGCAAUUUGUGUAUAAAAGCUUCUUCGGGAGUUUGUAUAAGUUGUGUUGAUGGUUACACUCUACAGAACACCGAGUGUAUUAAGAAAGUCAAAAUAGGGUUAAUAGUUGGACUCGUUCUACUAGCCGUGUUCUUAUUAAUUGUUAUAAUAGCUAUUAUCGUUGUAAUUAAUAUAGUUAUGAUGGUUCUCAAGAAGCGCAAAGGCAUUGAAGGUGUAACUGUCUUUAAGAUGGACAUGUCAAAUAUCAUGUUCUCGCAAUUAGAAAAGACGAACAUCUGUGUGAACAAGCGCGUGUUGCGUUUCAAUGAAGACAACGAAUUUAUCGCUGUUUGUGAGACAACACGGGAGUUACUCUGUAUUGGUAAUCAAGGGAAAAGCGCGAUUAAGCUACAGUUAAGUACAGUAGACGAUGAGAGAUAUGAAGUGGACAUCACACCCAACUUAUGUAUACUCAAAGAAGGUGAAGCGUGUGAAUUUGAUAUCCAAUUACGUCCCUUAUGUACAAGUAAAAUUAAUAUGGUGAUUAAAUUAGUGUACAUUGACCUUAAACGUGGAGAAGAGAAGAGUUACGAACUCAAAGUCGAGACGCAGACUGUGAUAACUUCAAAAUUAGAUUAUGAAGAGUUAAUAAUAGAAAAGAAGAUUGGGGAGGGUUCCUUUGGUAUAGUCUAUAAAGGCACUUUCCGGAAUCAUUUAGUAGCUAUUAAGAAGUUAAAAAAUGAAGAAAUGAAUGAAGAGGCUAUUGAUGAGUUUGAACGAGAAAUACAAAUGUUAGAUAAAUUCAGGAGUGAGUAUAUCGUCCACUUCUAUGGUGCUGUAUUUAUCCCAAAGAAGAUCUGUAUGGUCACUGAAUAUGCCACUUAUGGGAGUAUUGAAGAUGUUGUCGAUCAGAAGAUCCAUCUCAGUGACAAAUUGAAGCUCAAAUUCUUGUGGGAUGCCUCGAAAGGUAUUCUUUACUUACACGAAAAUGGGAUCAUUCAUAGAGACAUUAAGCCGGCAAAUAUUCUCGUUAUCUCGUUAGACCACAACGAAAAAGUCAUCGCAAAAUUGACCGAUUUCGGAUCAAGUCGAAAUGUCAAUAUGAUGAUGACUAACAUGACCUUCACUAAAGGUAUCGGAACACCCGUGUAUAUGGCGCCCGAGAUAUUAAAUCAAGACUAUUACAAAACCCCCGCCGACAUCUUCUCUUUCGCUAUUACUAUUUUAGAAAUCAUGAAAGGCUAUGAAGUCUAUGAAAAGAACACCUUUGUAUUCCCAUGGAACAUCGCAGAGUUCGUAUCAAGAGGAUUAAGACCAAGUCAACCAGAAAAUGUUAAAAACAACGUCUUUGAUAUUGUCACAAACAUGUGGAAACAAGUCCCUAAUCAGAGGUGGACUAUCGAAAGAGUUGAGAGUGAACUCCACACGUGUUAUAAUGAGACAAAAAGUGAGUAA